AUGUCGGAGCUCAAAGGCGAGCGCCUGCAAGCCUUCCACAACGAGCUCAACCGCCGCAUCAUUGAGCUCGCGCACAGCGCACAGACGGCGAGCAAGCUGGGGGGGAUCACCGCGAUCGACAGCUUCCUCACGCUCGAAAGUGAGGAUGACAGUGCCCGGCUGUACCGCUUCUACCAGUACCUGAAGCCGAACUUGCCGUGUGGGGACGCGCAGGUCAUGGUCGCUGCGGCGCGGGUGCUCGGGCGUGUGUCCAAGUACGGCGGGCACUCACUCGGCGACCAGUUUGUCGAGUUCGAAGUGCAGCGUGCGCUGGACUUGCUGCAGGGCGACCGCAACGAGAAUGGGCGGUACGCCGCGGCGCUCAUCAUCAAGGAGAUCGCGCGCAAUGUCCCCUACCUAUUCCACGCGUACGUGGGGCGUGUGAUCGACUAUAUCUGGAUUGGGCUGCGGGACCCGAAGGUGGCCGUGCGCGAAGCGACGGCUGAGGCGCUGGGCGCAUGCUUCCAGAUCAUUGCGGACCGCGAGAAGCAGAUGGGCACCCAGGCGUACGAGUCGGUGUACGACGAGGCGGAGCAGGGGCUCAAGGAUGCGUCGGUCGAGGUGAUCCACGGCAGCCUGCUGGCGAUCCUCAAGCUGCUGCGCCACUCGAAGACGUUUAUGCGCACGCGGCUGCACCGGACGUGCGAGCUGAUCCUCCGGCUGCACCGGCACCGCGACCCGUUGGUGAAGCGCACCGUGACGAAUCUGAUCCCGGUGCUCGCUGCGUACGACCCGCAGUACUACGCGGAGGAGUACCUGGGUCCGGUGAUGACCGCGAUGAUCGACCAGCUGCGGCGCGAGCGCGACCGCUCGAAGGAGGCGUGUGGCGACACGCUCGAGGCGAUUGGGCUUGUCGCGAUGGCGAUGGGCGACCGCAUGCAGCCCUAUGUCGAGGCGAUCAUGCAGUGUGUGCGCGAGUCGCUGCAGAUGCGCGGGAAGCGCAGCGUGCCGCCCGAGGCGCCCGUGUUCUUCUGCAUCGGACACCUCGCCGUCGCUGUCGGUGCGCGCAUCGAGAAGGACGUGCAUGAUCUGCUGGACAUGAUGUUCGCGUGUGGGUUGAGUGUCGCGCUGGUGUCGGCGCUCGAGCAGAUUGUGCAUGCGAUUCCUACGCUGUUGCCGAUCGUCCAGGAGCGCCUGCUGCAGAUGCUGUCGCACUUGCUGAUCGGCGUGCCGUACCGCCCGCUCGGUGCGCCGCUGCCGCGGCACGGAGCGCUGCCGCCGCCGGUGAUCCGUGUGUCGUCCGAUGCCAAGACGACAGAGACACUCACGAUCGCGCUCGAGACGCUCGGGAGCUUUGACUUUACAGGCCAUGUGCUGAACGAGUUUGUGCGCGACUGCACUCUGCCGUACCUCGAAAUGGACGCGAAGGAGGUGCGGAAGGCGGCGGCGGUGACGUGUGCGCGCAUCUUUGUGAACGACCCGAUCUGCUACCAGUCGUCGAUGCAUGCGAUCGAGGUGUUCAACGAUGUGCUCGACAAGCUGAUCACGGUUGGCGUGGCGGACCCUGAUGCAGAGCUGCGGUUCACGGUGCUCAGUGCGCUGGACGAGCACUUCGAUCGGCACCUGGCGCAGACCGAGUACAUCCGCUCGAUCUUUAUUGCGCUCAACGACGAGGAGUUUGCGGUGCGCGAGGUGGCCAUCGGGAUCCUCGGGCGCCUCGCGCGGCACAACCCGGCGUAUGUGAUGCCGUCGCUGCGUAAAGUGCUUAUCCAGCUGCUCACGGGGCUCGAGUACGCCACGGUCGCGCGGCACAAGGAGGAGGCCGCGCGCCUGCUGACGGGCGUUGUACGCGCGCUGCAGGGACUCGUCAAGAGCUACGUUCUGACGAUGCUGCAGGUCCUCCUGCCCAAGGCGAGCGAUGCGAACGCGGGCGUCGCCGCUCGUGUGAUGGAGUGCCUCGGUGAGCUCGCGCGCGUCGGCGGCGACGAGCUCGCGCCACUCGUCAACGAGCUCGUGGCGCUGACGGUGUCGCAGCUCGGCCAUGGGCCCGCGCACGCGAACGUCACCAAGCGCGACGCGGCGCUCAAGACGCUCGGGCGCAUCGCGUCGAAUACGAGCCACGUGGUGAAUCCGUACCUGCAGUACCCCACGCUGCUGAGCGCGCUCGUCAAGAUCCUGAAGACGGAGCAGGCGCUGCCAGUGCGGCGGGAGACGAUUCGCGUGCUGGGCAUUCUGGGUGCGCUCGAUCCAUACCGGCACAAGCUGCUGGAGAACAGUUUGGAGCCCGCGGCGGCGCCGGACGGCGCGCCCCAGACGGACCUGUUCGAGCUCGCGAUGGCGAUGGGGACGUCCACGGACGAGUACUACCAGAACGUGGCGGUGGAAGCGCUGAUUGCGAUCCUGCGUGAUCCCGCCCUGUCCGUGCACCACCACGCGGUGAUCGAGGCGAUCAUGUACAUGUUCAAGACGCAGGGCCUCAAGUGCGUCGCGUUCCUGCCCCAAAUUAUCCCGGCGUUCCUCGGCGUGAUCCGCACAUGCGCGGGCGGUGGUCUCAGCGAGUUCUACUACCAGCAGCUGGCCAUCCUCAUCUCGAUCAUCAAGCAGCAUGUGCGCAACUAUCUACGCGACAUCUUUGCGCUCGUGCAGGCCGACUGGAACCCCAACUCGGCGAUCCAGAUGACGAUCGUGGCGCUGAUGGAGGCUGUCGCGCGCGCCCUCGAGGGCGAGUUCAAGGCAUACCUGCCGCUGCUGCUCCCGAACCUGCUGCAGACGCUUGAGGGCGAAAUCACCCCGAAGCGCACACCGACGCUGCUGCGUAUGCUGCAGGCAUUCUAUGUGUUUGGCGCGAACCUCGAGGAAUACAUCCACCUCGUGCUCCCUGUGCUCGUGGCGCUGUUCGAGCGCGCAGACGCGCCUGUGCAUGUGCGCCGCGCGGCCAUCGUCACGGUCGGCCAGCUCUCGCGUAAAGUCAACUUCUCCGACCACGCCUCGCGCAUCAUCCACCCACUCGUGCGUGUGCUGAACAGCGGCGUGACGGAGCUGCGGGCCCCCACGCUUGACACGCUCACAGCGCUCGUAUUCCUGCUCGGUCCCACGUACCUCACGUUCGUGGCGGUGGUGAACAAGGCGCUCGUGCACCAGAAGAUCCAGCACACGCGGUACCAGCAGGUCAUUGCGCGCCUGCUGCGCAGCGAGACGCUGCCGCUGGACCUGCUGCCGCCCGACACCCUCGCGCUCGACAAGGCGGACGAGGCGCCGCAUGCCGAGGCGUCCAAGAUGGUCGUGCACCAGGCGCACCUCAAGGCCGUGUGGGACACGUCGCGCGUGUCCACGGCGCAGGACUGGCGCGAGUGGCUGCGGCGCCUCGCGGUCGAGAUGCUGCGCGAGUCGCCGUCGCAUGCGCUGCGCGCCUGCCGAGGACUAGCGGAAGUGUACCAGCCGCUCGCGCUCGAGCUGUUCAAUGCGGCGUUUGUGUCGUGCUGGGUCGAGCUGUACGACUCGUACCAGGAGAGCCUACUGCGGGCGAUCGAGGCGGCGCUCGACGCGAGCGACAUUCCGGACCAGGUCGUCCAUGCGCUCCUGCAGCUGGCCGAGUUUAUGGAGCACGAUGACAAGGCGCUGCCGAUCAGCAUUCGCCUGCUGGGCGACCGCGCGUACAAGUUCCAUGCGUAUGCGAAGGCGCUGCACUACAAGGAGGCCGAGUUCCUCGCCGAGCCGUCGCCCCAGAUCGUCGAGCUGCUCAUCGACAUCAACACGAAGCUGCAGCAGAGCGACGCCGCGUUCGGCGCGCUGACGUAUGCGCGCGAGAAGAUGGACAUUACGCACCACGAGGAGUGGUACGAGAAGCUGCACCGCUGGGAAGAGGCACUCGCCGCGUACGAGCGCCGCGCGCAGGAGCAGCCGGACGCGCAGGAGAUCGUGUUUGGCAAGAUGCGCUGCCUGCACGCGCUCGGCGAGUGGGAGCACCUCACGGAGCUCGUGCACGCGCGGUGGCCCGCCGCGAAUGCGGACGGGCGCCGGCAGAUGGCGCCGCUCGCAGCGGCGGCCGCGUGGUCGUUUGGGCAGUGGGACAUGAUGGACGAGUUCAUCGCGGCGAUGCGCCCCGAGUCGUCUGAGCGCUCGUUCUACCGGGCUGUCCUAGCGGUGCACCGCUCGCAGCGCUCGCAGACCAAGCGCCUCGUUGCGCGUGCGCGCGAUGCGCUCGACUCGGAGCUGACGGCGCUGAUCAGCGAGAGCUACGGGCGCGCGUACGACCUCAUGGUGCGCACGCAGAUGCUCUCAGAGCUCGAGGAGGCGCUCACGUACAAGCUCGACUAUGCGGAGCAGCCGGACCGCCAGGCGACGAUGCGGGCGAUCUGGAUGAAGCGCCUGCAGGGCUGCGAGCUCGACGUGGAAGUGUGGCAGCGCAUUCUGAGCGUCCGCAGCAUUGUGCUCACGCCUGCGGACGAUAUGGAUACGUGGAUCAAGUUCGCGAACCUGUGCCGCAAGUCGGGGCGCAUGGUGCUCGCGGAGAAGACGCUCAACUCGCUGCUUGGCCCCGACGCGCACGCGCUGGACGCGCCGCUGGCCGGCCCGAAAGCACCGCCCGCGGUGAUCUACUCGCACCUCAAGUUCAUGUGGGCGUGCGGCGCACGCGCCGAGAGCCUGAGCUACCUGCGCGAGUUUACCGCGAACCUCGCCGAGGAUCUCGGCAUGGCCACCGUCGACGACAACGACCACCUCAUGCUGCCCGAUAUCCGUGCGUCGCCGCGCCUCGCCGAGUUUGCCAAGCUGCUAGCGCGCUGCUACUUCAAGCUCGGCGAGUGGCAGGUCGCGAUGAACGAAGACUGGGUCGUGGACGACAACUUUGACGUGAUCCGCUCGUACAAGCGCGCGACCGAGCUCGACCAUACGUGGUACAAGGCGUGGCACGCGUGGGCGUUGUCGAACUUCGAUGUGAUUACACACCACGAGCGCCACGGCGUCGCCAUCCCUUUCCACGAGGUGGCAGCGAGCAUCGUGCCUGGCGUGCACGGCUUCUUCCGCUCCAUCGCCCUGGCGAGCGGCAACUCGCUGCAGGACACGCUGCGCCUGCUCACCCUGUGGUUCAAGUUUGGGCACCUCGAGCAUGUGGCCGAUGCGGUGCGCCAGGGCUUCGGCACCGUGUCGGUCGACACGUGGCUCGAGGUCAUUCCCCAGAUGAUUGCGCGCAUCAGCGCGCCGUCGCCGCGCGUGCGGCGGCUGAUCCACCACCUGCUCGCGGACGUGGGCACCGCGCAUCCCCAGGCGCUUGUGUACCCCCUGACCGUUGCGACCAAGUCGCCAAGCGCGAUGCGCAUGCACGCCGCGAUGGGCAUCAUGGACACGAUGCGCGAGCACAGUCCGGUGCUGGUCGAGCAGGCCCUGCUUGUGAGCAACGAGCUGAUCCGCAUUGCGAUAUUGUGGCACGAAAUGUGGCACGAGGGACUCGAGGAGGCGUCGCGCCUGUACUUUACCGAGCACAACGUCGAGGGCAUGUUCGCCACGCUCGGGCCCCUGCACGACUUGCUCGAGAAAGGGCCCGAGACGCUACGGGAGACGUCGUUUGCGCAGACGCACGGGCGCGACCUCAACGAGGCACGCGAGUACGUGCGGCGCUACCGGCAGCACGGCGAGAUCAACGACCUGAACCAGGCAUGGGACUUGUACUACCAUGUGUUCAAGCGCAUUACCAAGCAGCUGCCCGCGUCCAACUCGGUGCAGCUUGCGCUGCAGUACGUGUCGCCCAAGCUGCUCGCGCUGCGGGAUCUCGAGCUGGCGGUGCCCGGCACGUACGUGAGUGGGCAGCCGAUCGUGCGCAUCACGCAGUUUGAGCCGGUCGUGCUCGUCAUCUCGUCCAAGCAGCGGCCGCGCCGCCUCAAGAUCAAGGGCAGCGAUGGGCGCUCGUACCAGUACCUGCUCAAGGGGCAUGAGGACAUGCGCCAGGACGAGCGCGUGAUGCAGCUGUUCGGCCUCGUCAACACGCUCUUGGCCAUCGACACCGAGUCGUACAAGCGGCGCCUGAGCCUGCGGCGCUUCCCUGUCAUUCCGCUCUCGCCCAACACGGGCAUGCUUGGCUGGGUCGCGAACAGCGACACGCUGCACAUUCUCAUCAAAGAAUACCGUGAGCAGCACAAAAUCUUGCUCAACAUUGAGCACCGCCUCAUGCUCCAGAUGGCGCCAGACUACGACAACCUCACGGUCAUGCAGAAGGUCGAGGUGUUCGAGUACGCACUCGACAACACGCCUGGCCAGGACCUGUACCGCGUGCUGUGGCUCAAGUCGCGCUCGUCCGAGGCGUGGCUGGAGCGCCGCACCGCGUACAUGCGCUCGCUCGCCACCUCGUCCGUGGCCGGGUACAUUCUCGGCCUCGGCGACCGCCACCCGUCCAACUUGCUGCUCGACCGCAAGACGGGCGAAAUCAUCCACAUCGACUUUGGCGACUGCUUCGAGAUCGCGUGUCACCGCCCCAAGUUCCCCGAAAAGGUGCCGUUCCGCCUCACGCGCAUGCUCAUUAAGGCGAUGGAGGUCGGCGGCAUCCAGGGCACCUUCAAGGUCACCGCCGAGAACACCAUGCGCGUGCUCCGCGACAACCGCGAGAGCGUGCUCGCCCUCCUCGAGGCAUUCGUGCACGACCCCCUCAUUUCGUGGCGUCUUGUGACAGAUGCAGACGCCGAGCAGCGCGCGCCCGACGCGCACGAGCACGAGCACGAAGCGUCCCUCGAGGUUCGCGGCGUGGAGGGCGAGGCACGCAAUCAGCGCGCCCUCGAGGUCGUCCGGCGCAUCCAGAACAAGCUGACCGGCCGCGACUUUGAUCCCAAAGUCACGCUUACCGUGCCCGAGCAGAUCGAGCGCCUCAUCCAAGAUGCGACCGCCAUCGAGCACCUGUGCGUCGCGUUCAUAGGUCCAUCGCCUCCGAGUGCACCACCUAAGCGCGCAGCAGACGCAGGGCCCAGUGCGCAGCGCGCGCCGGCGGACGCCGUGGCGACGCCGCCGCCCACGCGGAAACGCGCGCGUCACUCGCCUGCACGCAACGGCACGCCCUCGUCGCCGAGUCCCGACGCUUCGUAUGACGCGCCGAAGCGUGCCUCACUCACACCGCCCUCAUCUGGUGAUCCAGCGCCCUCCCCCGCCGUGGGAGGGCGCCGACGCGCGGCGCGGCGCGUCAACUAUGCCGAGGCGCGCGCCGACUCGGACGACUCGGACGCCGAGCCGGACGAGGCGGAGCAAGACGAAUUUGUGCUAGACGAAGAGAGCGCAUCAGAGAGCGAGGCAGACAGUGCUGUCGAGAGCGAGGAGCCCGCGACGGCCUCGGAAGCCGAGUCCGAGGUCGAGGUCGAGGUCGAGGCGCCGCCGAGGCGCGCGCCGCGUGCCCCACCGGCGAGCUCGCCGCCCAUGCCCGUUGCGCGAGGACACCUGACGAAGGCGGAGCGCCGCGCAGAGGACGAGAAGCGCAAGAAGCAGGAGAACGAGCAGGCAUACAGUUUCUUGCUGGACGUGCGCGACAAGGAUAUGCACCGCCCUGGCGACAUGGACUACGACAAGCGCACGCUGUACAUCCCCCCGUCGGCGUGGAAGACGUUCACACCGUUUGAAAAGCAGUUUUGGGAGAUCAAGCAGAACCACUGGGACACGGUCCUCUUUUUCCAAAAAGGCAAGUUUUACGAGCUGUACGAAGAAGAUGCGAUGAUCGGGCACCGCGAAUGCGACCUCAAGCUAACUGAUCGUGUGAAAAUGAAGAUGGUCGGCGUGCCAGAAGCUUCGUUCGACCUGUUCGCUACUAAGCUGCUCGCCCUGGGCUACAAGGUCGGGCGCGUCGACCAGUGCGAGACGGCUGUCGCCAAAGGCAUGCGCGUGGGCGAAAAGUCGCGUGGCGGCGGCUCAGAGAUUGUGCGCCGCGAGCUGCGGCACGUCGUCACGAGCGGCACGAUCGUCGAUGGCCACGUGCUUUCCGACGACCUCAACAGCUACUGCCUCUGCCUCAAGGAGGAGCUGAGCGCUGCGGGCCUCUCCCGCUUUGGCAUUGUGACGCUCGAUGCAGCUACGGCCGAAUUCCGCUACAUGACCUUCGAUGACGAUGCGGUGCUCACACAGCUCGAGACGCUCUUGCGCUCUCUGCGCGUCAAGGAAGUGCUCUACGAGCAGGGUCGUCUCGCGCCCGGCACGCUGCGUCUCGUGCGCAACACCGUGCCGACGACCUGCGAGUUUACAAUGCUUAAGCCAGGCACCGAGUUUCUGGACGAGGCCGCAGCACGCACGCGCCUCGCGCGUCUCUUUGACACGAUCCCCAGCGGCCUCACGCCGCUCUUGGAAUCGGGCGGCCCGGCGCUCGCAGCUCUGGGCGCUUUGUUGUGGUACCUAGAGCAGCUGCACCUCGAUGUGGACCUGUGUGCGAGUGGUAAUGUACGUGAGCGCGCGGCGCCUGCGCACGGCCAAGGCAUGCUCCUGCUCGAUGCCAAGUCGCUUAUGCACCUCCAUGUGCUGCAGAACGACGAGGGCUCCGAGGCAGGCACCCUGCAUCAGCUGCUCAACCGCUGCGUUACGCCGUUCGGGCGCCGUCUAUUCCGGCGGUGGCUUGCAGCGCCGCUGUGUGAGCGCGCGGCGAUCGAGGCCCGCCUCGACGCCGUCGACGACCUGCGUGCGACGCCAGCGUGCUCCGAGAUCCUGCACGCCUUCGCCAGGCACUUGCCCGACUUGGAACGCCUGCAGACGCGCAUUGCCGCGGGCAAGUGCCGGCCCCGCGACUUUCUGCUCGUGCUGCGUGCGUUCGAGCGAUUCCGCGAUGCCAAGGAGACGCUGCUCGAGGCGCUUCGCACUUGCACGUCGUCGGUGUUGCGCGCACUCCUGGACGACUGGCCCGAUGUGGCGGAGCGCGCUGCGGCGCUGCGGCGCCACUUCACCGCGAGCGACGAUGGAACGUUUACGCCGGUCCAGGGUGAGUCAGCCGCAUACGAUGCGGCGGUCGCGGGCGUGCGUGCGGCGGAACAGCGCUUGGACGACGAAAAGGCCGCGUGUGCGACACAGCUCGGCCUGGCGGCGCGCGAUGUGGCGUGGAAACAUGUGGGCACAAACGAGAUCUACCAGCUCGAGUUGCCGGCGCGCACCAAGGUGCCCGCGCCGUGGAUUCUCAUGAGUCAGACCAAAGCCGCAAAGCGGUACUACACACCGCGCACCAAGGAGCUGAUCCGCGAGCUAAAGGAGGCGCGUGAGACGCGCCUUGCCGCGCUCAAGCAGUUCCAGAGCGAGGUGUACGCAGCGUUCCGGGCGGACCUUCCGCAGUACGCGCGCGCCGUGCGCGCCGUGGCCCAGCUCGACUGCCUCGUAAGCCUGUCUAAGAGCUCCGAGGCGCUGGGUGAGCCUGCCUGUCGCCCGACGCUCGUGGACCAUGACACGGCCCUCUUUGCAUUUGAGGAGCUGCGGCAUCCCUGUAUGGCGCCCAGUGCGCUGACUGGCGCUACGGAGUUUAUUCCCAACAAUGUGGCGCUUGGUGGAGACGCCGAGGACAUUAUGGUACUUACCGGCGGUAACAUGGCCGGUAAAAGCACGACGGCGCGCACGGCUGCCACAGCCGUGAUUCUUGCACAGCUGGGGUGCUACGUGCCGGCAGCGUCGGCGCGACUGGCACCGGUCGACCGCAUUGCGUCGCGCAUGGGCGCGAAUGACCAGCUGUUCCGUCACCAGUCGACGUUCAUGGUCGAGAUGCUUGAGGCGUCCAAGAUUUUGCGCGAGGCGACCCCGCGCUCGCUCGUGAUUAUGGACGAGCUGGGCCGUGGUACGUCGACGUUCGAUGGGCAGGCGAUUGCGUACGCGGUGCUGCAUGAAUUGGCCACGCGCGCGCCGUGCCUAUGCUUCUUUAUGACGCACUAUUUGACAGUGGCUGCGACGCUCGACGGAUACCCGCACCUGGCAAACCGGCAUAUGGAGGUGCGUGUGGACGAUGAGCAGCGCCACGUCGUUUUUACAUACCGCCUCGUGCCUGGCAUCGCCGAGUCGUCGUACGGCACACAAGUCGCGCAAAUCGCUGGGGUGCCGGAAGCCAUCUGCGCGCAGGCUGCCACUAUGUCGCGUGCGUUUUGGGACGAGGCGCAGCGUGCGCAUGCGGCGCGCGCACACUGCGCGCUGCCGCUAGAGAGUGUCGCAGACUUUGCGCGUCUCGUCGCGAUCGGCCGUGGCGAGGCCAGUGUCGACGCACGUGGUCUGAGCACUUUGUGGUGCGCCACGGCGCGCGUCGGCGCCCCGUAG